AACGGUUGAAAAGUUAGAUCGAUUCCUUCCUGUAACCGUUGACGACGGCAAAGAAACAAUCGCGGCGAGUUUACUACCCGUUGGACGAGAUGACCGAAGAGCGCGGCAGUUCCUCGAAUAUGAAACCUCGAACCGAUCACGGAACGGUCGGCGCCGGCGCCAGCGUCGCCGUUGGCGUCGGCGCCGAGGCCAGGAACGUUGCAAACAUUCGAGCUGGCUCAACCCUCAUGAAGAGCGUGUCUAUCUUCUUGAUGAGCGGUCGCAAAGCUUCGGUGGACUCGAGGAAGUUGAUUUCCGACGGGCCGAAACGCGAAUCUCGAAAAAGGCAUCGCGGAAGGAUGCCAGACGGCGGAAGCGGUACCAGAAAUUCGACGCACACCGUCAAGCUCAUCGAGUCACUCCGGAAGAAAACCAGAUUCUCCUGGCUGGAAUUGGAUAAUCUGUGCAAGCUCUACAAAAAGUUAACCAGUUCCGGGCAGCAACAAGUAGGACAACCGUUCGUCAUCGGCAGGAGGCAGCAAUCGAGCCACGCUAUAGAGGGUAUCGACAGAACCGUGUUCAGGGAGUUGCUGCACAACACGUUCAAAGUCAUCACAGAGGACGCGCUGGUGGAGCGUAUAUACUGCUGCUGGGAUCGGGAGAACGAAGGGAUCAUCCGGCUGGAACCGUGGGUGAUGGGCCUGGACCUGUAUCUCCGAGGCAGCCUGCGUGAGAAGAUCGAGUUUUGCUUCAAAGUUUACGACCUGAACAACGACGGCUUCAUCGCCAGAGACGAAAUCUUCCAGUUGUUCAAGAACUGCAUGAUGAAACAACCGGGCGAGGAAGAUCCGGAGGAGGCGGUCAGGGAUCUGUCGGAAUUAGUGUUGAAGAAACUGGACGUGGAUCGUGACGGGAAGAUUUCCUUUCAGGACUACAAGGUGGCUAUUACCGGGGAACCGUUGCUCCUCGAGGCUUUCGGACAAUGCUUGGCCACGGAGGAGACGUGCGCUUGUAUUCUCGCCACGUUACAGUAACGGGCCCGGUAAACGUUUCUUUAACGAUCUUCCGGCGCCGCAAUUAGGGAACCUAGGAUAGACGAAAAUGCAAAGGUCGUUAGGAUUUCUGGAAACGAAUGGGUACACUUUCGUAAAACGGUCGAUCCGUUCGACAAACUUUGUAAUCAUGGCACCUGCCGUUUAUUAAAAACAAAUUCGAUAGUAACCGUAAUUACAAACAAUAAUAAUAUUAAUAAUAAUAAUAUAAUAUAAUAAUAUUAUAAUAUAAUAAUAAUAAUAGUAAUAAUAAUAGUAAUAAUAAUAAUAAUAGCAAUAAUAAUAGUAUAAUUACAAAAUACGUUCGAUCUGGCUUUCUUACAGCGUGCUUUGCUGAAUCAGUCUUAACCCUCGGAUUACCAAGCAUCGAAAUCUUUUGUUCUCUUUCCCCAGAAGCGGUUUUCUUUUUCCACCCCCACCCCCCCUUCGAAGCUUCGCGAGAGUUUCUCGUUGUCUCGAAAACAAUCGAUCGAACCGGCGAUUCUCGACCGAUAACCCGAAGGCUAAUUAAACUAUGAAACGGUCUAGAGGUAUGUUACAGUGAU